AUGGCCGACGACGAAAGCACUGCUGCUGGCAAUGUGAAGCCGGCCAAGGAGGGGGGCAAGAAGGAGAAGCGGACGAGCAGAGCAUGUCUGGCCUGCAGGAACAGGAAGAGCGCGUGCCAUUUGUGAGUAGUCUUCCCGCGCGCAACGACAUCCUCCACCCGGAUUUUAUCAUCAAGCCCUUUGGUGGGUGGUGCAUGGCAUGGCAUGGCACACCCCAGACCCCAGACAUUUCUACACGCCGAGAGCACGACAGCAGCAGCAGCAGCAGUAGGCAAUCGAGAAGCCCUGGCCUGGUCCUGUCCCCAUCUCGAAACUUUUUCCCACGCCCACGCCCACGCCCACGCCGCCUCGCAAAGCACCGCACCUGAUCUCCGAGCCGGAUGCCGAUCUCAAAGCCCGCACACACACACACACACACACACACACAAACACACACACGCAACGCACACACACAAACACACACGCGCAACGCACGCACGCACACACGCGCGCGCGCGCGAAUCCAAUGGCUGAGAUAUGACUGAUUGUUUUUUGUGCUCCACCGCAGACCAACCGUCGACGGCGUCGUCACCACGCCCUGCGAACGAUGUACGGCUUCGAAUCUCGAAUGCGUGAUCGGAUCGAGCAACCGAGGCGGCCGCCGGGUGCGCAAGCGGACGCUGCAACAGACUACUGCUGAUGAAGAUUCGACGCAGUUGCCGCCCGCGCAGCGACAUCAGAGUGAGGCUCAUUAUCGGCGGCAGGACCACGAGCAGGUGGUAGAGGACGUGUCUCCUGGUAGCCAGCGCGCUUCGGGGUGGUCGGGGAGUUACGCUCAUCAGGGGAGUGGGAUGAAUGGUCUCUCGGAGGUAUGGUUUCCAACCGCAAGGCUGUUCACGGGAUCAGACGUGUUUGGAGCCUUCGACAAUCUAUGGAGUCUGAUGCAUGGGCUGAAUUUCCGCCUCUAGACAAACCCUACGAUUAUGAUUGACCCGGCGCUGCAAGCCGAUACGAGGUAUGCGCAACCAUCAGGCUCCUGGUCAUUGCUAAGACACCACGGGUUCACAUGUGAAGUCAGCGCUGACUCGGAGUAGAGAAUCCUUGCCUGCCAACCAAACCACCAGGGAAUCUUCGACGAUCUCUUCCACCAACAUUGCAUUCAACGACCUACAGAAUCCAAGUGAUGCUCUCGGAAUUCUCGCACAAAUCGCCAGCCAUGGAGAGAAGACCCCGAGCCUCACCGUGCCACCGCACAACGGGGUCGGGUCCUAUGGGUCGUCAGCCCAGCUAGAGUACGCUCUUGUGAGGGAUGGGAGACUUUCGUUAUCCAAGGUGCGAUUCUCAAGCCCUCACUACGCAUUUUUGUGCUGGAGCUUUCCUAGAAGCAUCUUCGCGUCUGUGGCUUGGUCGAAUUUGCUAACUUUUCGCUACGAUUCUUGCAGGUGAUAAAGCUUUUGCAGCGUUAUAAGCAUUACUAUCACCCCUUCUUUCCCCUCGUUCCGGCCACGACCCUAGACGCGGGCAACUUGUCCAGGACCGCGCGAGAUGAACCCCACCUUUUGACAGCAAUCCUGGUCGUUGCCUCGAGGGACUUGACCGACGAGCCGAAUUUAUUCCUCGCUUGUUCAGAGCACAUGCGUGCCCUAGUCUCCGCGCUAGCAGCCGGAGGCCCAGGCAAUGUCGAAGCUGUCGAAGCGCUCUUGCUGCUGGCUGAGUGGACCCCUUACACUUCGCGUUCAGACGCAGGUCACGUCGGACGUGGUGAAGAGGAUCGAGAGGCGUGGAUGCACGUCGGCACUGCUUUGAGAAUCGGAUACUUCCUGGGCCUGGACCGCUAUUCCUUCCACGUGCGAGGGGACGAUGUCAAAGACCCGCAGUGGCAGCGCAAACGACUGGUCUGGACGGCAUGCUACAUCAGUGAUAGGCAAAUCAGCAUCAGACUGGGGAGAGCUUUCUGGUCUCGAGGUCCGGGACCGUUGACCACGCUCUCCAAAGCGGACUUUCCAAUGCUAGCACCAAUCAACCCGGGCGACGAAGACUACGCCAGCAUUUUCCAAGCGACAUUGGAACUCACACUACUCUUCUCGAACGUUCACGAUGUGCUCUACUCGAAUCCUGGUAACAGCAUGCGCAGUCACUUAAGCGGUGGCUACAUCAAGUACAUUGACGACUUCCGGAGCGCAAUUUAUGGCUGGAAGAGCGUCUGGGGUACCCUCACCUGCUCACCGCACUUGAAGGCGACUCUGCUCAUGUCCUACGACUACUUGAGGCUCUACACGAACGCAUUUGCCUUCCACGCUACAGUCAAACGAGCCCUUCCGCAGAUCCAGCAAGGACGUGAAGGCCGUCACUCGGCACACCCGGCCCCUGGACGAGUGUUCUACAACAACGUAGGCGCUGUCGGCGAUGCUCGCUUCAUCUACGAGGGCCUCGACGCAGCUAAAAGCCUCCUAAGCAUGAUCAACACUUUUGUCGACCCGGAGAAGUCCCUGCGAUACAUGCCGCUCCGCUUCUACCUGUACUCGAUCUACUCCAGUGUCUUUUUGUACCGCGCAAGGUGUGUGGGGGUCCUUUCAUCCGAUGAGGAACAGUCGGUACGGGUAAUGGUCCAAGAGACAAUCAACCGACUCGAAAGGUCCGGCAUUGGUAUGCAGCACCCGGGCAGUCGCUACUCCCAGCUUCUGAGACUGCUCUGGGACAAGGUUGAGCGAAAAGAGCGCAAGGCCGACUCGAAAGCCACCCUACAUAAUCCUUACCGACCUGGCAGUGUCGGAGGACCGACUCCCAAUACCACGUCGUCUUCCGGCGGCUUCGGUGAAGACUCCCCCGCUGUCACGGAGAACUUGAUUGGCGAUUUCUCUUGGACCGAUCUUGAUGCGAUUGGGAACUUUGCUGUCAACGGGGCCGGUGGUGCUUCGCUCACAGAUGCAGAAUGGUGGUCUGGCUUUCUGCCUGCGGACAGCAAUAACUUUUUGUUUGAGACCCUGCCUGAAAUGGAUGACUGGAAUCUUGGACUGCAGUAA